AACAUGAUGAAAGAGUUAUAUGGUGUAGGUACAGUGACCAGAGACAGAGAGAGAGAAAGAGAGAGUGAGUCCCCAGAAGAACAGGUCUUAUCAUCACCACCUUCACCAUCUCCAGCUCCAGGUCCAGGUCCUCUUCCCCUUCUGACAUUCCAAACCUAUCAAUACUCAUCUUGCAAACUUCUCCUUUCUAUAAAAACCCCCACCCUUUUAACUUUUUUAAGCAAACUCCCACCACCACCAACACAACCUCUGUGUCCCCUCAGCCAUGGAUGACCAACCUACAGAACUCCCCAAAGAUCCAAUGGAGUUCCUCUCAAGAUCAUGGAGUGUCUCUGCUUUAGAAGUCUCUAAAUCCCUCACUACUCCUCACCAUCAUAAUCAUCAUCAUCCUUGUCCCAUCCCUGAAGACCCUUUCACUGAAUCUGAUGACCUUCUUUCCAACAACUCCUUCACUUUCGCCACCUCUUCUACUUCCCAACUUGUACUUGAGCGCAUCAUGUCUCAAUCGGAGGUGUCACCGUUGGCUUCAGGGAGAUUGUCACAUAGCAGUGGACCACUGAACGGAGGUGGCGGUGGUGGUGGCGGACAGAACAGUGGGUCGCUCACUGAUAGCCCGCCGGUGUCACCGUCGGACAUGGACGAUGUUAAGUACGGCAAAGGCAGUGUCGCCGGCUCCGGCGCCGGGCCGGCGAAGCCGGUGUACAGAGGAAAAACGGUGGGCCGCUGGCUAAAAGACCGGCGGGAGAAGAAGAAAGAGGAGACACGCGCGCACAACGCGCAGCUACACGCCGCCGUGUCGGUAGCCGGCGUGGCCGCGGCCGUAGCCGCAAUUGCAGCCGCCACCGCCGCAUCCGGGCCGGGGAAAGACGAGCGUGCGUCAAGGACCAACAUGGCGGUAGCAUCGGCGGCGACAUUAGUGGCGGCUCAGUGCGUUGAGGCGGCUGAGUCAUUGGGUGCUGAACGUGAUCAUCUCGCCGCCGUUGUUGGUUCCGCCGUCAAUGUUCGUACGGCCGGCGAUGUCGUCACUCUGACAGCAGCCGCUGCUACUGCGUUGAGAGGGGCGGCGACGUUGAAGGCCAGGGCGUUGAAGGAGGUGUGGAACAUAGCGGCGGUGAUUCCGGUGGAGAGGGGAGGUGGUGGUGGUGUUGGUGUUAAUGGUGCCUAUGUUGAGGAGAAGAAGAAGAAGAAGAAGAAUUCUAGUGAUGCUGGUGUUGAUGAGGAUGAUGAGAGUUUGAGUGGAGAGGUGUUUGCUGAUGAGAAUUUUCUUGGUCUUUGUAGCCAAGAGUUGCUUGCAAGAGGCACUGAACUUCUCAAAAGGACUCGCAAAGGGGAUUUACACUGGAAGGUUGUGUCUGUUUACAUUAAUAGAAUGGGGCAGGUGAUGGUGAAGAUGAAGAGUAAGCAUGUUGCAGGGACUAUUACAAAGAAGAAGAAGAGUGUGGUUGUGGAUGUGUGCAAGAACAUCCCAGCGUGGGCGGGACGGCAUUUGCUGGAAGGUGGGGAGCAGCGGCGGUACUUUGGGUUAAGGACCGGAGAAGGGAGGGUGGUUGAAUUUGAGUGUAGGAGCCAAAGGGAGUAUGAGAUGUGGACACAGGGUGUGUGUCGGUUGCUGAAUAUCGUCGGUGAUAAGAAAAGCCUCGGUUGAUGCUCGGCGAAGCUUCGCCUUCGCCGACAUUGUGGGAACAAUGGCUAGCUGGAGAGGAUGAAGAGUUGAGAGGGAUUGCUAGCUGGAGAAUUAAAGAGGUGAGAUGAAACAUGUCCCUACUUGAAUCAAUACUGAAUACUGGUAAGAGUUUGACAGGAAUGUUGGUGGGGGAUGUUUGUGUGAGAUCUGUGCUAGUGUGGGGUUCCUAUCCCUCUGUCUUUCUUUCUCUCUCUCUCUCACAUUGUAAAGUAGAAAAAGAUUAAAAAGAUGAUUGAAGAAUCAAAAGCAGUUUCUGUGAUGAAUUUGUUUUGUGGCUUGUGAAUGUAUAUCUUAUCUGUAUCCGGAUUGAUUCA